CUCUAGUAAUCUUUAUCAUUUGAGCGUUUGUUUGUUUUGAUUUCGAUUGAACAUGAUGUAGGAAUGCUGAAGUGACGAGUUUCUAAGGAUUAAGUAUCCUUCAUCAUGCCUACAGAACAGUACAGAGUUGAGGCAUCAAUCCUGAGAGAUUUAAGGACAGGAUUAAAGGGAGUCUUUGACUCGAAAGAAUACACAGAUGUCACAUUGAAGGUAGAAAAUGAGUCUUUCAAGUGUCACAGGGUGAUCUUGAGUAUCAUGUCGCCUUUCUUCAGUCGAAUGUUUUCUGCUGGGAUGAGAGAGAGUUCACAGGAAACAGUCGAAAUCAUUGGUUUUUCUCCAAGUAUUGUGAAGGACUGUCUGCUUUUCAUAUACACUCUGGGAGAGGGAAAUCCAGAAUUUGUGAAUACAUGGGAAGACCUUCUGCAUGCUUCCACUUAUUUUCAGAUUGACAGUUUACAAGUAAUAUGUGAAACAGAAAUCAGCUCAACACAGCUUACUCUAGACUCGGUAUGCAAUUACUAUGAAAUCUCCCAGCAAGAUCCAUCAUAUGUUUUGUUGAGGAGCAGCUGUGAAAAAUAUAUCAUGACAAACUUUGUGCAUUUAGCUUCAUGUGAGGAGUUUAGUGCAUUCUGUGUUGAGACGUUUUUGUCCAUCCUUCAAAAUAAGGAUCUCCAGGUUGAAGAGUAUUGGAUAGGAGUAGCUGUCCUCAACUACCUCACCACCAAAAUGGGCGACUUGGAUGAACGACAAGUGAUGGAAAUCUUAUCUACUGUUCACUUUCAAGUGAUCCACAAAGAACAUGUUGGCCACCUACAGGAACAAUUCUCUGACCUAAUUAAAAGCAAAUACCAGGAAAUGGGAAAUGUUCAGAAGUGUUUGGAAGAGAUGAUCCAACUGACGGAAAGCUACCAUGAUGAUCCUGCUCUUCAGAUAGAACAUAUAUAUGAUCUCCGUUCUCCAAAUAAGGAGUUGAAUUUCGUUACAAUAGGUGCAACUAAGGUAUUUAUGAUGGAGUCUGAAAAACUACAAAUAUUUGAUGCUUAUGGAUUUCCUCUAGCAGAUCUCCCUUUUAGCAAAAUGUUCUGCAAUUAUGGAGAAUCCUUUAUUUUCCUGGCAGAUUAUUUUGGGAAUCUAUAUGUAUUUGACUUUUUGGAUUUGAAUCUGGAAAAGGUUGUAGACUGUGCAUUGUUGCCAAGAAAACACAUGGGGAUGAUUGCAGUGAAAGACAGUGUGUAUGUUUUUGGCGGGAUUGACAAUAUCACAUGCAAGGCCAGUACCAGAAUUGAUCGAUACUGUUUUGCAGAUAAAUCUUGGAAGGAAUGUGGAAGACUUUUAGAAGGAGUCCAAGAUGCUAUUGCUAUCAAUUCUGGUGAUAAACUUUACAUCUUUGGAGGCUUCAAUGACAAUAUGGACAUAUUAUGUCAGAGUUUCCAGUGCUUUGAUCCCUCCUCAGGGGAGACAACUGUGGUACCUCACACGUGUAAUGACUUAUUCACAAGAGAACAUGUUCGAGUUGUAGGGCAUGGAGACGAAAUUUAUGUGGUGAGUUUGGUGGAUGGCAAAAUUCAUCAUUUCAACCCCCAAACUCAGGAACUAUCAGAAUUCUAUGAGUCCAGCUAUGCUAAAGAAUGCAAAGAUGUCGUCAAAUUUAAAUCAGAUUUGCUGUUUGUGGGUAGUCCUCUAGAGUCGGAUGGAGUGAUGGCUUUAGAUCUUGAAAACAAAGUAGAAACAGCGAGUUCUCACAAAAUAUUUGUGCCCACAGAAAUGUACAGGUGCAUGAAAAUUGUACAAUGGAAACCAAUACGAUUUACAAAAGAAAACAGAGAGGGGAGUUUAUGUUUAGAGGAUGAUUAUUCUGUUGAGAGCGACUGGGAUGAGAGCAUUAGUGUUCAUUCGUAAUUGUUCUUAAGGGACAUAACUCUGGCUACAAUACAGUCGGUUAUGUUUCGGCAGUAAACCACUAACCAAUGACCCUAGCUUCCAAAUUUCUGUUGAACUAGUGAAAUUGUUAUUUAGAAUGACAAAUCAGGUAGUAAACUUUCUCAGCAGAGUUAUGUUUUUUGUAUAGAAUUACAUGCAAACAUGUGACAUUGCUUGCUGAUGGACUAGUGCUUUGACUGUGUGUAGUAUUUAAUUGUACAUACCUUAUUGGAAACCUUUUUAUGGAAUAAAUUCAGGAACCCAGUA